UUUAUAUAGUUGAUGUUAUUGUUAAUGGGAAUAUGACGGAGCAACAGUAACAUUUAGACUAAAUAACAAACAUUUAAAAUCGAUCGCGUGAGUGUCUUUUUUUAUUGGAAAUUUGGAUUAGAACAUGGCCAAACCUGGAUUUGUCGUCGGAGACUAUGUAUGGGUAAAACCAAUCACUAAUGGCGAGUUCGAUGUACCAAUAGGAGCGAAAAUCAUCAGCAUAGAACCAAAAAGGGUUAAAAUCUUAGACGACGAUGAAAAUCAAGAAUACGUCUCCCAUCAGCAACUCCUCAAGCACAUGCAUGUCACCUCACAAAAAGGAGUGGAAGACAUGAUAAAUCUGGGAGAUCUGCAAGAGUAUGCGAUCCUGAGGAAUCUACAUAAGAGAUAUAAAAAUAAACAGAUUUAUACUUAUACCGGAAGUAUGCUGGUCGCAGUAAACCCUUACGAGUUUCUAGCGAUUUAUACGAAUUCAUUGAUAAGCGAGUACAAAGAUAAGAGGUUUGAGGAAAUGCCGCCGCAUAUAUUCGCCGUUGGGGAUAGUAGCUAUAACGAUAUGAAAAAGACUAAAAGGAAUCAGUGCAUCGUAAUCAGUGGAGAGUCCGGUGCGGGCAAAACAGAAAGCACCAAACUAAUCCUGCAAUACUUAGCCUCGACUAGUGGGCAACAUUCCUGGAUAGAGCAGCAAAUUUUAGAGGCAAAUCCGAUUCUGGAGGCGUUUGGGAACGCUAAGACCGUAAGAAACGACAACUCCUCCAGGUUCGGGAAGUACAUCAAUGUGGAUUUUAACGAACAAGGUGCUAUUGAGGGUGCUAAGAUCGAACAAUAUUUAUUGGAAAAAAGCAGGAUAGUUUCGCAGAACGACGGCGAGAGAAAUUACCAUAUAUUUUAUAGUAUGCUCGCAGGCUUGUCGAGAGAAGAGAAGAAAAGACUGGAUUUGGGUGAGGCUGAUAUGUAUCAUUAUUUGACCGGAGGUAAUACUCUACACUGUGACGGACGUGAUGAAUUCAAAGAGUUCGCCGACAUAUCGGGAGCCCUCAAGGUGCUCAAUUUCUCAGAUAAGGAAACUGGAAACAUAUUUACGCUGCUAGCGGCCAUUUUACAUUUGGGGAACUUGAGGUUCCGGUCUGGAACCGUGUCACAUUCCGACAGUUCCGAGGUUAAUGAUCAAGUUUUGUGCGAGAAAAUCGCUCGAUUGCUCGGAGUGAAUGCGAGCAGUUUGGAGGAAGCAUUUACGAAAAAGAGCAUUUAUACUCGCGGAGAAACCAUAAUUUCGGCCAUGUCCAAAGAACAAGCGGUAGACUCGAGAAACGCCUUCGCCAAAAACAUCUACGGCAAACUCUUCAUAAUGAUCGUACAACGAAUAAACUCGGUCAUCUACAAACCGAAGAUCCCCCAUAAGAAAUCCAUUGGCGUCCUGGACAUUUUCGGUUUCGAAAACUUUACGCUGAACAGCUUCGAGCAGUUGUGCAUCAACUACGCCAAUGAGAAUCUGCAGCAGUUCUUCGUGCAGCACAUUUUCAAACUGGAGCAGGAUCACUAUGCUAAAGAGGGAAUCAGUUGGGCCAGAAUCGACUUUAUUGAUAACCAAGAGGCUCUGGACAUGAUCGGAUUGAAACCGAUGAACGUUUUCUCACUCAUAGAUGAGGAGAGUAAGUUCCCUAAAGGUACGGACUUUUCUAUGCUGAGUAAAUUACAUAAACAACAUGGAGGGAAGAGGUAUUAUCUGAAACCGAAGUCUGAUAUGACCCCGGCUUUUGGUAUACAACAUUUCGCCGGUCCAGUGUUUUAUGAUGUACCUGGCUUUCUGGAUAAAAACAGAGACACUUUCAGUAACGACUUGAGAAAUUUAGUGAAAACCACACAAAAUUGUAUGCUAAAAGACAUUUUUAAGGAGGAUCUAAGUAGUGAGAAAAACACCAUGACGUUAUCGAUGCAGUUUAAGCAAUCUUUGGCGCAGCUGAUGCAGAACUUGUGGGUGUCCAAUCCGUAUUUUGUCAGGUGUAUUAAGCCUAAUGAACAUAAAAAGCCACAGAUAUUCGACAAGUCUUUAUGCUGCAAACAACUCAGGUACUCAGGUAUGAUGGAAACGACUAAAAUUCGACAGGCAGGUUACCCCAUAAGAUACUCGUACCCUGAUUUCGUUGACCGGUUUAGAUAUAUAUGUAGAGGAAUCCCUCCUUCACAUAUUGGCAACUGUAAAGACUCAACCAACAGGAUUUGCAAGGCUGUUUUGGGGAACUCGGCGGAUUAUCAACUGGGGCAUUCAAAAGUCUUCCUGAAAAACCCGGAUAAUGACAAACUGGAGGAACUCAGAUCGGUUGUAUUGGAAAAAUAUGUGAGGGUUCUUCAAACGGCCCUUAAGGGCUGGAUCCAUAGGCAGAGAUUCUUAAAACUAAGGGCGGCCGCCGUGGUUUUCCAAAAGCACUUCAGAGGGCGUCGCGACCGGUUUCACUAUUUGAAAAUGAGCAACGGUUAUCAGCGACUACAGGCAAAAAUCAUUUCCCGGGACCUCGCCUUCUCUUAUCGGAAAUUACGCGGGAAAAUCGUCGGUUUACAAGCGCGAUGUCGUGGCUAUCUAGUGAGGCACAACAGGCAAAUGGGUCGCAUCUAUUUCAUUGUGAAACAGAGAAGUGUGGACGAGGAGGAGUUUAAGAGGCAAGGAAAGAAAACUGCCGGUAAGGAGGCGGAGAGGUUGAAGCAGGAAAGAUUGGCGGAGGCCAGCGAGCAUUACGCCGCUUGGUUGAAGAAACAAGAAGAGGAUUUUACUAAAGCAGUGCAACAAGUGGAAACCGAUUUUGCCUUCCUGGAGGCACCUGAGACUGCGAUGGCGGAGCCUAUUACCCCGGAAAAAGAUGGGCCUACUUUAGCGGAUCAACUAAAUAGCGAACCCCUAACCGACGCCGAAGACCUCUCGGAGUUCACUUUCAGAAAAUACGCCACCACUUACUUUAUGUACGGAACUGGGCCCCAACAGUCUCGAAAACCCCCUCCGGGACCCCUACAUGAUUUACCAACCGUUGACGAUGUCCUGGCCGCUCAAGCUUUAUGGACGGCCAUUGCCAGGUUUAUGGGAGAUAUGCCCGAACCAAAAGGGAGUAAAGAGAGUAACACUUCGAGGCUGCCAGUAAUGACCGAACUAAACGAAACGAUCAGCCGGGGAUUUUCUAACAGACAACAGUAUCAGGAGCUUAUGCAAGAGCAAAAGAGACAAAAUAUCGUACUACAAAAGAGCGAGAAGUUUACUUUGAAAAAGAACAGCACGAUUUUGGACGUUAUUAAGAACAGUUCGUUGGAAAACUGCAGUACUUUUGCUAACUACGAGGAGUGGCUUAACAGAAGGAAAACCAAUAAUAUGGAAAAGUUGCACUUUAUUGUCGGACAUGGGAUUUUAAGGCCCGAAUUAAGAGACGAAAUCCUGUGCAUCAUCUGCAAGCAGCUAACGAACAAUUACAACAAAGCCUCCUUUGCUCGCGGUUGGGUCCUGCUAUCGCUCUGUCUGGGCUGUUUCGCCCCGUCAGAACGACUUUUGCCCUAUUUAAGGGCCUUUAUCAAAACCGGCCCCUCCGCUUACGCGCCACUGGCCCAACAAAGGCUGGUGAGAACCUUGAAAAAUGGAAAUAGAAGUCAGCCGCCUACUUAUUUGGAACUCAUUGCCAAUAAGAAUAAAGAGCCAAUUUUUUUGGCUAUUGCUUUAUCAGAUGACUCUAUACAAAAUGUGGAGGUCGAUUCUGCUAGCAAUGCAGAAGAGAUUAUUGCGAAAAUUGCCAAGUCGCUAGGCUUAGUUGACUCCUUUGGAUUUUCACUAUUUAUAAGCAUUUAUGAUAAGGUUAUGUCCAUUGGCAGCGAAGGUGACCACGUCCUGGACGCCAUCUCGAAAUGCGAACAAUAUUCGAAGGAACUGGGACACGACGAGAAAAAGAGCCCAUGGAAAAUUUUCUUGAAGAAAGAAAUGUUUUCUCCUUGGCACAAUCCUGCCUUGGAUCCAGUAUCCACUAAUCUAAUCUAUAAACAGGUCAUGAAAGGUCUUAGAUCGGGUGAAUACCGUUGCAAACAAGAGGGAGACUUAGCGACACUUAUAGCCACCAGGUUGUAUAUAGAAGGGGGAGCCAUUCUAAACACUAGAACUUUACAAACUAAAUUAUUAAUGUACUUACCCACGCAUACAUUAAGAGAAGCUCAACUGAAUGGUACGUUGGUAUUAUGGGAGAAUACAAUAUCGGAAGCGUUUCAAAUGCUUGUCUGCGUGAAGAAGAAGAUGCCUGCUAAUAAGGCUAAGGAGUUUGUUGUUAUUUACAGUAAAUCUACUUGGUCAAUACUGUUCUCCAAAUUCUACGAGGUGGAGCAAAUUUCCGGACCAACUGUAUCAAAGAAGAAAGUGAUCCUGGCCGUAAACUGGACCGGGAUCUACAUCAUCGAUGACCAGGAGAGAGUUUUGGUCGAUUUCACUUUUGCCGACAUCUUUUUCAUUACAUUCGAGUAUACUAAUAACCAACCGAAGUUGAUGUUCACUACUAUAUCCAAGAAAGAAUACGUGUUUUCCUCACCUGACGCGAAGAACCUAAGCUCCCUGAUACAAUUCAUUAUAGACGGGUUAAGGAAACGUUCAAUUUACUGUGUAGCCACCCAGGACUAUACGUCUGACGUAGAUUUGUAUUUGUCCUUCAAAAAAGGAGACUUGAUCACCUUGAAGAAUGGCACCGGUGAAACCUUGCUCACUGCGUCAUGGGGUUAUGGAGAGUGUAACGGUAAAACCGGAGAUUUCCGGACUGAGAUGGUUUAUAUUUUGCCCACGUUAAUGCCACCUGCCCAAGAUAUAUUGGCCGCGUUCGAGGGUUACAUUAUAGUUAAAGAUAAACAACAUCCCAUUCAAGAAAUCACUCCGGCAACGCAAACGACCCUGGAACGGAUGCGGCAAUACACCUUAUCGCACUACGCCAAAGACCAUUUCCGUAGCGGCAAAGUGGCCUAUGGAAGCGGAGGUCGUGCCAUGGCGAGACGAGAUUCCAAAGAAGAAUUAUGGAAGUACACUAACGAACCGCUCGGGCAGCCUUUACUAAAGAAACUACUGAGUAAUGAAGAAGCUUGCGUUGAGGCUUGCAAGAUAUUUUUAGCAAUAUUAAAGUAUAUGGGAGAUAUUAAGGCACCGAAACCGGUCUGUUCAAACGAGUAUACUGACCAAAUAUUCCGGGGGCCUUUGAAGAUCGAAAUGCUCAAGGACGAGGUUUAUUGUCAGAUUAUCAGGCAACUUACAUUCAACAGAAUGUCCCAAAGCGAGGAAAAAGGUUGGGAACUGAUGUAUUUGAUCACUGGCCUGUUUGUCCCUUCGAUCGCUUUAUUGGAGGAGACCAAGAAGUUCUUAAGGUCCAGGGUUCAUCCGUUUGUGAGUCCUUGCUUGCAAAGAUUACAGAGAACUCAGAAAAUCGGUCCGAGAAAGUACCCGCCGUACUCCCUAGAAGUAGAGGCGAUCCAAAGUAGAACCAUGCAGAUCUACCAUAAGAUCUACUUCCCCGAUGACACGGACGAGUCGUUCCAAGUAGACUCCACCACUAGAGGAUUAGAUUUAUGUAAAAACAUUGCGGCUAAGUUGGAUCUACGUUACACCGACGGGUUUAGUUUGUUCGUGGGAGUUUCCGAUAAACUAUUUUCCAUUCCUGAAGAUUACUUAUUCUACGAUUUCUUAGGAGAGCUUAAAAACUGGAUGAGAAGCGUCAGACCUUUAGGAGAAAGCUUUACGUCGAUGCAGUAUCAAGUACACUUUUUAAAGAAACUUUGGGUUAAAACCGAACCGGGAAAGUGCCCGAAUGCAGACCAAAUAUUCCAUUACCAUCAGGAGUUGCCCAAGUACCUUAAGGGUUACCAUAAAUGCACCAAACUGGAUGCCGUUAAAUUAGCCGGUUUAAUUUUAAGAGCCCGAUACGACAACGAUGCACGCGAAGUUCAAACUGUGGUACAGAACAACUAUAAAGACUUAAUCCCUCAAGAUUUAGUGAGGGCCUACAGUUCAUCGGAGUGGAAGAAGUUCAUAUUGGCGGAGUAUAAAAAAGCGAGUUUCGGAUCGGGAUGGGCUAAAAUCGAGUUUCUCAAGUCGAUAAGUAGCUGGCCCACGUUCGGGUCGACGUUCUUCGAAGUUAAGCAGACGACAGAACCUUCGUAUCCGGAAAUCGUGUUGAUCGCCAUCAACAUAAAGGGACUGAACGUUAUUCAUCCGCAAACCAAGGAAAUCUUGGCAGUACACGAAUACUCAGAGUUGACCAACUGGGGCGCAGGUAGCAACUAUUUCCAAGUGACCAUAGGAAACGUGAUGAACAAAAUCAAGUUGCUGUGCGAAACCUCCCAGGGGUACAAGAUCCACGACCUCAUCACCUCGUACAUUAAAUAUAUUAAACAAGAUUUACAUCAAAAUAGGAACGUGUAUGAUGAUGUUGAGGAUUAAUUUCAUUUUGUGCGAUUGGUAAGGGAUGUUUGUCAUUUAAUAAAUUAAAAAAGAAAAAUAGA